CCAAUUGAGUUUUAAAUACCGUGCAGAUCAAAAUGAUCGCAAAAAGAAGCGAAGUUAUGUUUUUGAAUACUGCCAUUUCUAGUAAAAUUAUUCACGUUUUGCUCAGAUGCAAGGAAGCAAGUGAGAUGAGGUUUGCGCGGAACAACUCCACUAGCAGACCUCGAUACCCAGCUGCUGCCAACCCCAGAUACCACUACCAACUGAGCAAUGGGUCCAGUGUCAACGGACGCUUCCGAGCGCACCCCAGUGCAAUGGGGAGAUCAGAGGUGGCAGCCGCAGCAGCCACUCAGCCGAUGCUCCUGAUGAACAGAAGAAGAUCGUGGCUGAGCAAAACAGUCUCCUGUCUUCUGUUCACACUUUAUGUCUGCUUCGGAAUGUUCACGGCAGCAUUCGUUAUCGGCAGUUUUCCACUCAGGGAUUAUCUGUUCAAGUCGACAUUCGAACGAUCUUACCAAAAUUACGACACCAGUUUGCAACCCAGUUACCCCAGCUACAUAGUCUACGUCAUCAUGUACAUCUGGAACCUAGUAUGGAUUCUGUGGGUAUUCUUAUACGACUUGAAUAUAUGCCAAAAAUAUAUUUACUUUUUCCCACCAGUAACUGGAUCACUAGUUGCAAUCGAAUUUUUGUUCGGAGUUUCGUUUUUGGCUCUUUCCAUGGAACUCAUGGAUGCGAAUCAACUCUAUGGCAAACUAUGGGCAGUAACUAUGGCUCUUUUUGGCUUCACUUCGGCCUACUUGGCAGUCGGCUUUAAAUUACAGCGUCAGAAAAACGUUUUGAAGCAUAAUUUCAACACUGCGUUUUGGCUGGUCAAAGUAGUCACACAAAAUGGUCUCGGUGGCCUAAUUUCGUUACUUCUAAUGGAAACUUUGUUCACACUUCACAGUAUUCUAACCGACAGUUUUUUCGGCUUUGCUUCGGCAUUUUCAACAACAGUAUUGUUAGCUGCACUCUCAUUGGCUAUCGUCUGCUACUUUGUAAUCGACAUCCUAUUGGUCGAGAGCGUGACCCGAUUUGUAGUGUUACCGUAUUUGGCAGUCGCUUCAACCUUAUCAUGCACAGUUCUUUCGAAGAGUUCGUUUAAUGCCUGGGAAAAUGUAAUUUUCUUAGUGGUUCUAGUUUGCACCUGCACAAUUUUGACAGGAGUUAGAAUACUCAUUGGGUUUUUCCACGAGGGAAAAUUUAUCUCAAUUCGUCUGUGAAAAUU